AUGGCGCUGGCUUUCGUCAAGCAAACCGCCGACUUCGUGACCGACUCCCUUACAAAUCUUCAAAAUCAACGACCUUUUUUGGCUGUUGCAGGAGUUUCAGUCACGCUAGGACUGGCCCUCGGCGCAAUAUGGGUGUCUGAACGAUCACCACCUAAAAUCAUUCCAUCGCCUUUGAAGGCCGUGCAGUCUGCAACAUCAAGUAAAAAUGGAGAAUUGCCUGUUCUUCCUUUAGAUGUUCUGCCUGGUGCGCGCGAUGUCUCGACACCAUAUGGCUCAAUCCGAGUUUACGAGUGGGGUCCAGAAGAUGGACACAAGGUCCUGCUUGUUCAUGGCAUUUCUACUCCAAGUGUUUCGCUAGGAGGUCUGGCUCAUUCUUUGGUUGACAGAGGAUGUCGCGUUAUGCUUUUCGAUCUUUUCGGAAGAGGAUUCUCCGACACGCCAGGCGAUAUUCCUCAAGAUGAUCGACUUUUUGCCACCCAAAUUUUGCUUGUUCUGACUUCAUCGCCGCUGUCUUGGACUGGCUCUUCAUCUGGCAAAUUCUCUCUUAUCGGCUAUUCCUUGGGCGGCGGUAUCACUGCCGCAUUUGCUUCGCAUUUUCACGAUUUGCUUUCGUCUCUGAUUCUCCUUGCACCAGCAGGAUUGAUGCGCGACUCUCACGUUGGCUGGCAAACUCGUCUACUAAAUGCCAAGGGCUUGCUCCCGGAGAGCGUCAUUAGCCGUCUCGUCAAAGGCCGACUUAGAGCUGGUCCACUAGUCAAGCCGAAAAAGGGCAAUGGCUCGCAGAAUACGACCGUCGGCGUUGAAGAUGCUCUUACUCAAGAACUUACUGCUUCUUCUCAGCAAGUGCUCUCACGAACGUACCCAUCGUUGAAGACUGCGGAAGCAGUGGCUUGGCAGGUAGAGAAUCACGACGGCUUUAUUCCAGCAUUUAUUUCCAGUAUGAGGCAUGGCCCCAUCUUGCAGAAGUCGCAACUGGAGAACUGGAAGAGACUAGGAAGCUUCCUUUCUCAACGCAAACGAGAGGGUAGUGGCACCGGUCUUGCCCACGACAAGGUUCUGGUUGUAUUAGGAGAAAUUGACAACGUCAUUUUCAAAGACGACACUGUUGAGGAUGUGACACAUGCGCUAGAAGGAAAUGCACAGAUUACGUAUUUCAGCAUCGGACACGAGUUCCCAAGUGUUAAAUACGAAGAGCUGGCUGACCAGCUCAUUGAGUUCUGGAAAUAG